CAGUUGACCGCUGUGAUUAAUGCUGCGUUUACCGUCGUUAUAUCAAGGGAACAUCAGGACCAAGGCGGUACUUGACGUCGAGACAAAGAGGGGAUACUGGUUGACGGUCUAUGCUCAGGAUCAUGGAGUGGUCCCGCUGAGCUCCAGUCUGCAAGUCUACGUCGAGGUGCUGGACGAGAACGAUAACACGCCGCUGACCGAACUUCCGGUCUACUAUCCCUCGGUGCCGGAGAACUCGCCCGCCGGCGUAAGCGUCCUGCAGAUCCGCGCCUUUGAUCGCGACGUCUCGCCCCAGCAAUUCGUCUUCACCAUCAGCAGCGGCAAUCCGGAGGGUUAUUUUCUCAUCAACUCCACCACCGGUCUCAUUACCACUAGUGGCAGAAAGCUGGAUCGCGAGAAUCAAGCGGAACAUGUAUUGGAGGUGACAGUAAGGGACGACGGUAGGCCUCCUUUGUCAUCGACUACGAGAGUCGUCAUCGAGGUGGCGGACAUUAACGAUCAUGGACCCGAGUUCGAGGCAAAGUUUUACACUGUCCAGAUUCCAGCAUCGCUGACGACCGACAAGCCCCUCUUCCAGAAAUCGAAGAACCGCUCGCGGGAGUUCGACCUUUCGAGCGAUACGUUACUAGAGAACGGGACUUGGGAGACAUUUAGCCCCGACACCCUGUCAGGAGAUCGUAUCUUCAGGGUUCUUGCAUACGAUCAAGAUAUCGGAGAAAACGGAAGAAUCCAGUAUAGCAUCAAGGGCGGUCGAGGAAAGGGCAAGUUUAAAAUUCAUCCCACCACAGGCAUGGUGUACUCCCAGCGUGGGUUCGAGGCUGGUCAAGAAUACGAAAUGAUGAUACGAGCGGCCGAUCACGGAGAACCCCCGCGUAGUCAUCAGACUCGAGUUUCCGUUCAAGUUGUAGAGGCACCAAAGGAAUCGGAGAACCCUCCGGCGUUCAAGACAAAUAAUCAAAGCGUGCAAGUCACGGAAAGCGAUCAGGCGGGCUUUUUAGUUGCGCUCAUGCAAGCCAGUGACAAGGAUGGCGAUGCCUUGUGGUAUGAUAUUUUAGACGGCGAUAAGCGCGACGAGUUCUUCAUCGGUCGCGACAACGGCAAUGUACUACUGGCCAAGAGGCUGGACUGGGAAACUCAGAACUUUUACAAUCUCACGAUCGGUGUAACGGAUGGAGUGCACACGGCGCUGACGCAGCUACUCGUUACGGUGAUCGACAUCAAUGAUCACCGGCCGGAAUUCACCGAGAGCACGUAUCGCGUCGACAUUUCCGAAAAUGUCGAGGAAGGGGAGAAGAUCCUGCAGCUGCACGCGACCGACGAGGACGAGGACAAGAAGGUCUUCUACAGCCUGCACGCGGCACAGACCCAGGCCUCGCUUGAGAUCUUUCACGUGGACUCGGUACUGGGCUCGAUUACGCUCAACAAACCACUCGACCGAGAGACCAUCGAGGAGCACGUGCUGACGGUGAUGGUUAAAGAUCAGGGCACGCCGGCCAAACGCAAUUACGCCCGGGUGAUCGUCACCGUGCACGAUCACAACGACCACCAACCAGAGUUUAUCAGCGAGAUUAUUCAAGGCAAGGUAUACGAGACAUCGCCGAUCGGCUCGGCCGUGGUGCAGAUGUGCGCGAUUGAUCGCGAUCGCGGCGAGAACGCAAGGAUCACCUACUCGAUCACGUCCGGCAACGUCGGCAACGUGUUCGCCAUCGACCCGGAUCUCGGUUUCAUCCGCGUCGCUCGCGAGCUCGAUCUCAGCGUCUCGUCGGAAUACAUACUUCUCGUGAAAGCGAUCGAUCACGGUUCUCCCGCUUUAACCAACUCGGUGCCGGUGCACGUCAUGGUGACAAUGGCCGACAACGCGCCGCCGCGAUUCACCCAGAAGGAGCUGUCCGCGGAGAUAUACGAGAACCAACAGCUGGGCACGUACGUGAAGCACGUGGAAGCGAGGAGCACGUCGUCGUUGCAGUUCGAGAUUGUACGCGGCAAUCGUAAUGACACGUUCUUCGUGAAUCCGAGCACCGGCGUGAUCGUCAUCAAGAAUCAGCUGGACUACGAGAAUACCAAGUUCUACAAUCUGACGGUGUCGGCGACGAACAUGGCUGGCGCGUCGGCCACCUGCAACGUCAUCAUCCACGUGCUCGACAGAAACGAUAACGCGCCGCGAUUCCUGCAGGCGCUUUAUAGCGGUGAGAUCAGCGAAGGCGCCAGCAUCGGUUCUCUCGUGUUGACCAACACCAGCACGCCGCUGGUCAUCAAGGCCGAAGACGCGGAUUCCGAGUUGAACGCGUUACUCAAUUACGACAUCGUCGAGGAUCUACCGCGAAAGUAUUUCCACAUAGACUCCAGCACCGGUGCCAUUCGCACAGUCAUGUUGCUCGAUCACGAAACCAUACCAAUGUUUUCGUUCCACGUGAAGGUCUCGGAUCUCGGCAAGCCGAAGCUCUCGUCCGAGACCACCGCCAAAGUGAUGAUAACCGUGACGGAUGUUAACGAUUGCCCGCCCAAAUUCUCCAAAACUGAUUACAACGUCACGCUUCUGACGCCGACAUACAAAAAUGUCGCUGUCAUUCGAGUGAACGCCGUGGAUCCCGAUAGUUCCGAGGGAACCUCGUUGAGGUACGACAUCAUUGACGGGAACAAGGCUCAUACCUUCAAUAUAGAUGCUCAAAGCGGCAUUAUUACAGUCCAUAAUCCCGAGCGUAUGAAGAGAAGCUAUCUUCUUCACGUGCGAGUGUCAGAUGGCAAGUACUCGAGCGUGGCGCAGGUGAACGUGAUGGUGGAGAAGUCGGAGAAUUCCGGUUUGAUCUUCCAGAAGAGCGUGUACGAGGGUGCCAUCCUGGAGAAUUCCACGAAAAUUACGACCGUGGUAGUGGUAAAUGUCCUCGGUAGCUCGUUGAACGAGCACAUUGUCUUCAGCAUUCUUAAUCCCACCGACAUGUUCGUAAUCGGACCGACUUCCGGCGCGAUCAGAACCACCGGCGUACGAUUCGAUCGGGAGGUGUGCGAUCAUUACGAAUUAAUCGUCGAGGCGAAGAGUCAUCCACCGGAUCAGGAGAAGCCGAGAGUGGCUCACGUUAUAGUGAACGUCACUAUACUCGACAUCAACGAUAACUGCCCGAUGUUUGUUAAUCUACCUUAUUACGCUGUUGUGUCCGUCGAUGCUCAAAAAGGCGAAGUCAUUACGAAGGUUCACGCGAUAGACAUGGAUAGCGGCGAUAACGGCGAGGUGAGAUACGAAUUGAAGAAAGGUCACGGGGAACUAUUUAAGGUGUGCCGAAAGACGGGCGAGAUAUCGUUGAAGCAAAAUCUCGAAGGUCACAAUCGCGAGUAUCAGCUUACAAUCGCCGCGUACGACGGCGGAAUAACGCCAUGCUCCAUUGAAGUGCCAGUCAACGUGAAGGUGAUAGAUCGCUCGAUGCCGGUAUUUGACAAGCAAUUCUACACGGAUAGCGUGCUGGAGAGUAUAGAAGUACAUUCACCCCUGGCGUUAUCCAUUCAAGCUGAGUCACCUUUGAAUCGCAAACUCAUAUACAGCAUUACUAAGGGCAAUGAUUUUGAGGAGUUUGCCCUGGAUUUCAACACGGCCCCUGACAGUAACAAUGGUCCUUGUGUAAUCUAUGUGGUGGAUGAGCUGGAUUAUGAACAAAAGAAGCAGUAUGAACUGACCGUACGCGCCACCGACAGUGUGUCAGGCGUUUACGCCGAGGUGCUUGUCAGCAUUCUCGUUUUGGACGUAAAUGACUGCCCGCCUGAAUUUACGCAAGAUUCUUACAACAUCUCGAUAUCGGAAGCAGCGCCGUUCGGUACUUCCGUCCUACGAGUUAGUUCAAGGGACAAUGACACAGGUAUAAAUCAACAAGUUCGUUAUGCCAUUCAAAACGACACGGAGAACAGCACGGAUCUCUUCCACAUCGAUGCUGAUGAGGGUGUGAUAUUUCUCAAGCAAUCCUUAGAUCAUGAAACUCACGAAUCUCAUCACUUCACGGUGAUCGCCAUGGAUCGCGGCGUCCCAAGUUUGUCAAGCACGGCGCAUGUCUGGGUGAGCGUAAUCGACAUGAACGACAAUCCGCCGAAGUUCGAGCAACCCUCGUACACUUGUUCUCUGUCGGAGCACGCCGAACGCGGUCAAUUCGUGACAGUGGUAUCAGCUAGCGAUCCGGAUUACGUCGACGAGAAACUGACAUAUACCAUCGUGGGUGGUAACGAACAGCAAACAUACAACAUCGGUCAGUCGACCGGUGUCAUCUCAUUGAUAAACAUGCAGAACUUUGGCGAACAGAAGCUUAGCAUGCUCAAUGUAUCCGUCACCGAUGGUGUCUAUACCAGCUUCACCCGUGUCAAGAUCGAGAUCUUGCCAGCAAAUAGACACAAUCCGAAAUUUCCGAAUCCGGUAGUUGAAGUGACUGUUUUGGAGAACCAGUUACCCGGAAGAUUGGUCACUAGCGUAUUGGCCGAGGAUGAAGAUUUUGGCGAAUACGGCGCGAUUACGUACAUGAUAAUGUCGGAAAUGAUGAAGGAAGUAUUCGACAUAAAUAAAAUCACUGGCGAAAUUGUGACCCGAAAGAAGCUUGAUCGAGAAGAGCAAAAACGUUAUGAAAUACCGGUCAUGGCGAUGGACGGUGGCGGUAGAUCUGGAUUCGUGAUGGUGCGUGUGAAGGUCGGCGACGAGAAUGACAAUUCGCCGGUAUUUCUUCUUAGAGAGUACAAAGCGACUAUUCAAGGCAACUUGUCCAUAAAUACAUCAUUCCUGAAAGUUAAAGCGCAAGACGCGGACGAGGACGAAGCGGCUAAGAUUACUUAUUCCAUCUAUGAUUUGCAAACGUCACCAGCUAAGUCUCUGUUCGGUAUAAACCCCGACACAGGAUCACUCUAUUUGCAGAAAAGCGCUGUGCCGUGGGAAAAUCAAUUGUUCGAGCUCUUUAUUCGUGCAGAAGAUAGAGGUACAAUUACACAUCACGCCGAUGUACCACUCAGCAUCUAUAUAAUGGGUCCUCAUGAUAUUGCUCCUCUGUUUGAGCGAAAAGAAGAUAAAUUCUUUAUAAGGGAAGAUUCUUCUGUCGGCACGCCGAUCACGAAACUUAAAACCGUCACUAACAGUACUGUGACGUAUCGCAUAGUGUCAGGUGAUGAGAAUAAUCCGCUCUUUACGAUUGAUUCUCACGGUCAGAUUACGUUGGCAAGACCAUUGGACCGAGAAUUGAAAGAUAAUCAUUUGAUCGGUGUUCUCGCUGAGACCGAUUCCAGUCCGCCACUCACGGCUCUCGCCGAGAUCUCUCUUCAAGUAUUGGACGAAAAUGAUCAUGCGCCGAAAUUUGAGAGUAAUCCGUAUGCGAUUAGCUUGGCCGAGAACAUCGAGGAGGGAACGUCUAUAUUAAAAGUUAUCGCGCAUGAUAAGGAUCUCGGUAGUAAUGGCGAGGUGCGUUACUCGUUUGGUUCGGACAUAGGGGAACUAGCAAAUGUUUUUGCGGUAGACGCCUAUACCGGUUGGAUAUCGACAUUGGUGCAACUCGAUAAGGAGAAGCAACCAGAAUAUAAAUUUCAGGUGGUUGCCACUGACAAUGGAAAUCCGAAACACUUUGCGAGGACAUCGGUACACGUCAAGCUAAAGGAUUAUAACGAUAACGCGCCCGCAUUUGUCGAUGAUCGUUACGAGGCCACGGUAAACGAGAAUGCUCUACCGGGAACGGUUGUGGUGAAGUUGAUCACAAUCGAUAAAGAUUCAGACGUCAAUACGCCGAUAGAAUUUUACAUAACGUCCGGUGAUCCUAGAUCACAGUUUCAAAUCAGAUCUACCGGUGAAGUGUAUGUGGCGAAAUCCUUGGACAGAGAAACCAUCGAUCGUUACGAGCUUGAGAUUAUCGGUACUGAUGGAAAAUACGUCUUCGAGACGAAAGUGACGGUGCAAGUUUUAGACGUCAAUGAUAAUCCGCCGUAUUGUCUGCGGUAUCGUUACAGAGAGAUACUUUCCGAAGGCUCGCAUCCUGGCGCCUAUGUUCUGACUGUAUUGGCCACCGAUUACGACGACGAGCCGAACGCUAAGCUACGAUUCUAUUUAACCGGUGACAAUAAUGACAAAUUCUCGUUGGAUAGGGAAACGGGCGUGUUGAAAACCGUCGGACAGCUCGAUCGCGAGACUCAAGCCAAAUAUUCCCUGAUGGCUCAUGUGCAGGAUCGAGACAAACCAACCUGGGAAUGUUCAUCGCAGUUGGAAAUUCUCGUUUCCGAUCUCAAUGAUAAUGCGCCGAAAUUCACUAUGCAAACAUACAGCAGCACUUUGCCCGAGGAUGUGGAAGUCGGUACGCUAGUGACAAAGGUACACGCUACAGAUGACGAUAUCGGUAUUAAUCGGAAAAUCAGAUACGAGUUUAUCGAUUCAGCGGACGGCCACUUUCUUAUCGCGGCGGAUAGCGGGAUAGUCACGCUGGCCAAACCAUUAGACAGAGAAACCAAGGCCAUGUAUAAUGUGACUAUUCAAGCGCUUGAUCAGGGCACUCCACAGCUGAUGGGCAUUGCCUCGCUUAUCGUUAACGUACAGGACAUCAAUGACAAUCCACCUGAGUUUGCCUCCAAGAUCUAUUUUGCGAAAGUGCCUGAGAUCUAUGCGAUCGGUACCGAGGUGGCUCGCGUACUCGCUACAUCAAAAGAUACGGGAAUUAAUGCCGACAUAUAUUAUUCGAUUGUCGGUGGUAACGAACACAAGAAAUUCCAAAUAAACGCCAAAACGGGCGUUAUAAUCAUUGCCGAACAAUUGGACUAUGAACGAGCUCGCGAUUAUUUUCUCACUAUUCAAGCUGUCGACGGAGGCAUUCCACCGCUGAGUAAUCACGCUACUGUCAACAUCACUGUCACUGACAGCAACGACAACGCGCCGAUCUUUAGCGAGGUCUCAUACAGGGCUUUCGUGAGGGAAGACGCAAAAAUCGGGGAGAAAGUUACGCAAGUAUACGCGAACGAUUUGGACAGCGAAGAGAACGGCAACAUAUCGUAUUAUAUAGAACGGGGCGACAGACAGAAGCAAUUCUCUAUUGACAGAAAAACUGGACAAAUAAUUGUUGCUGCGCCAUUGGAUCGAGAGGAAAUCGCGAGUUACGUAUUGGAAGUUCACGCGCGUGACAACGGUAUACCGAUGCUUUCGAGCUUCGUAAUGGUGAAUAUCGAGAUUCUAGAUGCGAAUGACAAUCCACCAUUGUUUUCUCUGCCGAAUUACACCGCUAUAGUGCAGGAAGAUAAACCACUUGGUCACACGGUUCUACAAUUCAUGGUCACCGACGCGGACAUUGAACCGAACGCCGAGCCAUACACCUUUGAUUUUCGCUCCGGAAACGAGGGUGACGCUUUCCGACUGGAACAGGACGGUACUCUGCGAACGGCGACGAAGUUCAAUAAUAGAGUAAAGGAUAAAUACGUACUGCACGUUAGAGUGUUUGAUAAUGGCAGCCCGCCUUUGUACUCGGACGCGUGGGUCGUAAUCAAGGUGAUUGAGGAGUCGCAGUAUCCACCGGUAAUCACACCUCUCGAGGUAAUUGUCAAUUCUUACAUGGACGAGUAUCCCGGUGGUAUCAUCGGAAAAAUUCACGCGACUGAUCAAGAUCAGUACGACACGCUACUCUUUAAUUUGGUACCAUCUUCGCCAAUUCCAAGUACCAAUCUCUUCGAAAUAGACAAGAUCGACGGCACAUUGGUGGCCUUACCUAGACUCGAUGUCGGCGAGUAUAGGAUAAAUGUCAGCGUAACGGAUGGUAAAUUUCAUUCAUACUCUAUUGCGAAAGUUACCGUCGAUCUGGUGACCGAUAAGAUGCUCGAGAAUUCAGUGAUUGUAAGAUUCCGCGAGGUUAGCCCGGAAGAUUUCAUGCUGAGCCAUCGCAAAGGCUUUGUUAGGACCGUUCGCAAUGCGAUGAAUUGUCGACUUAAAGACAUCAUCAUUAUCAGUGUGCAACCAUCGAUUGACGAGGCGAAUCUAAUCAAAUCGCGGGCGAUUCGCCAGGCGGUGCACAACGAUCUCGAUCUUCUGUUUGCCGUGAAGAAGGCAGCGAGUCCCAUAGGUUCGUUGGGCUUCUACGCUUCGGAAAGCAUACGCGAGGCACUGAAUCAACAUGUCGAAGAGCUGGAAGAAUCGACGAAAUUGGUGGUCGAGGAGAUCGUUCGUUCAAAGUGCAACAAAGGUUCCUGCUUCUACGGCGACUGCCAAGACAAGAUCACUCUUGAUCCCACGCAAAUCACGCCCGUGUCCACUGAUGUAAUGAGUUUCGUAUCGCCACGUCACAAAUACAAAACGGAAUGCAAUUGCAAGGAAGGUUACGCCGGCAAUCAUUGCGAAGUAAUAGUUAACGAAUGUGCUAGGGAUCCUUGUCCCUUGUUCAAAGUCUGCGUGCCCGACUCGUCCGUGCAAGGAUAUUCCUGCCAAUGCCCUGAGGGAUUCGCCGGCCAGAUCUGCGACAUUGACAUCUCCAAGUGUCACGACGAAUCAUGCUAUUUUCCGCGUAAUCCCAUAUCUUUCAGUGGCAAGAGUUAUGCGCAUUAUAGAAUCGACAAGGCGCUGAUACGGCAAACGAUUGAAGAUCGCUUAAGCCUAUCCUUGAGAAUCCGAACGGUGCAGCCUACCGGCAAUCUAAUGUACGCGGCUGGCAAGGUAGACUACAAUAUCCUAGAGAUCGUUAAUGGUGUCGUGCAAUACAAAUUCGAUUUAGGUAGCGGCGAGGGGCUAGUCAGGGUGAGCAGCGUAUACGUGAGCGACGGACAGUGGCAUGAGAUUCUUUUGGAACGAGAAAGCAACGGCGCUCGACUCACCGUCGAUGGUAAACACAUCGCUCACGGUGCUGCACCUGGUAUGAACGACAUUCUAAAUCUACAGUCGGAUGAUUUAUAUCUGGGCGCCGAGGUACGACAGCACCCAUCUAUCAUCGGUUUUGAGGAUGUGCAACGCGGUUUUAUUGGUUGCAUGGACGAUGUCAGAAUUGCCCGGGUAUCCGUGCCGUUGCACAUGAGCGGAGCCAGCAGCGUCGCGAUAUUCAAGGGCUUCAAAGGACAGGUUAAAUUCAGCUGCGAUACGGCGACCAUUCUGAUGCCACCGGGUGUUUGUGGAUCGCAGCCCUGUCAGAAUGGCGGUACUUGCAAGGACGUGGGCAGUGACAGCUACGAGUGCCACUGUCACAAUCGGUUUACCGGUUUCGCCUGCGAGAUCGACACGGAUCCAUGUGCCUCGUCGCCUUGUCUUUACGGCGGUCGUUGUAAGAUUGUGCCGGAGGAUGGCGAUUACGUCUGCGAGUGCGUUGGACCGAAUCUCAGCGGCAAACGCUGCGAGUACGGCAGAUACUGUAAUCCGAAUCCAUGCAUCCACGGUGGCGUGUGCGAGGAAGGUAACAACGGUCCUAUCUGCAAGUGUCAAGGUUUCACCGGUGAACAUUGCGAGACCGACGUCGACGAAUGCGACACGAACCCCUGCACGAACGGCGGCACCUGUAUCAACGAGAUCGGCACGUAUCGAUGCAUCUGUCCACCGAAUAUGACCGGCUUGAACUGUGGCAAUCCGGCUUUCUCCACGCCCAUCAUAUCCAGCCACUUUAACAUCACGUGGGAGCAUCUCAUGUGGAUCGGCGUCGCGGUAUUACUCAACAUAUUCCUCAUCAUCAUAUUCGUCGCUUUUCGACGGAUCAGAAUGAAGCGGACUAGAGCGCGCGCCAAUAACAUCAACAACGAGACGCGGAAGCAGAUUGUCCUGAAUUCCGCGAGGCCGCACGAGCACGAGUUCAAACGCAGUUCAAAAUUAAGCAAUCUAGAAGUCAUACAGAGAGAACCUCCCCAAUGCCCUCCCAGACCCGCCUCCUACACCCCAAGCUCGAACAACGAACCAGUCGCGUAUGGUAACUCGGCGGCGGUGGCUCUAAAUAACUUGGACACCCUGCGCAGCUACGGUAGCGCGGGCGACGAGCUAGAGAACUUUCCGCCGGAUUACCUGCGAAACUUGAAUCGCAGCACCCCCGUACCACCCCCGUCCUUGACCCUCGCUAAUCCGGUCAGUGGAAACGCAGCUGGCAGCGACACGGACAGUCUCCACAAGCCCACUUGGCAAGAGCAGAUGCAGCUAGCUUCCUUCAUAACUGACACCACCAAGAUCAAGAACGACCUGAAACGAGCGAGCCCAGUGGUACCAGAGCUGACCACUGGAGGACUUCUACUAAACUCCUCUCGACGGGCGCCUCAUGCGGUUGGAUCUUCCGUCGUCUCCGUCACGUCCAUCGAGGAUGAUCCCCGCAUCGUCGGUGGGUAUCACUGGGACUGCUCAGACUGGGUCAGACGAAGUCAGAAUCCUUUACCUAACAUCACGGAGGUACCCGGCAGCGAGGUACCGGACUCAUCCAGUUUUCACAGUAAUGAGAGUAAUGAAUCCAAUACUCAUCAGUUACCAACAAUACACGGUCCGGUAGAUCCAACGAGGGACAUCGAGACCCUGAACGAGGAUCAGGAGUCGGAAUAUGUCGGCGAUUCCGAAUGCGGGACCGAGUUCUCGGAGCAAUAUCACUGCGCGGAAACGCAACGUCUCAAUCCCCUCGACAGCGGCGGCGAAGGGGAGUACAAAUACAAGAGCUCUGAAACCUAUUUACGUCAUCCGAAUUCGUAUCUACCGCAUUAUAAUAUUCAUACUGACACCGAGAACGAGACGAAUCCGCUCAACGGUCGUCUCAGCACUCUCGAGUCCGACGAAGAGGAAGACGAUGUAGUGCCUUAUGGUUUUCCAAGCACCCGCAACCGUAACCGAUGCCACAAGGUGGUCGAGGACGACGAUAUCGGCUCUGUCAUCACCACGUUGGAGGAAAGAAACUCGCUAUUGGGCGGUGCCACGAGCAACAGUGAUCUCUCUACGAAUCUGUGCGAGAUCGACGAUUCCGAGUACGAGAUCGCGGAUCAGAAGAGCAACGGGCGCUUGUGGCUGUCGGGGAACGGCAUCACGCAGACCUCGGUGUGACAAACGAAGUUGGACGAGGAUAGACUUAAGCGUGCGGGAGCGUGUUUCUCUGUGCUUCUGCGAUCGAGACACGCGGAUGUCUGUGAAUAUGCAAUUUUGUACAUAAAUGUUAUAUCGCCGAGAGAUAAGAUAAGACGGUCUGUACAGGCAGCUCUAUGAAAUAAGGAACCAGUGUGCGCGAGCGAAAUCGACGCGACGUAUUUCGACACACGUAUAAUAUAUCGUCGCGAAAAUAUAUCACGCCUGAAAAAUCUCCUCUCAUAAAGGUAGAGUUCAAGCAUCAGCGUACUUAAUCCUGCAAAUUAAUCGCGCAUAGUCGUUAUACAUUUUACAGUCGCUAGCAGUGCGUGCAUUACGUCAUACCGAAAGGGAUGAGAAUCUGAUUUUUAUUUUAUUCACUUUAUUUUGAUUUUAUCAUAUUAGCAGAGAUACACGUCAUAUAUAUAUAUACAUUUGUUAUAGUAAUAUAUUUUUAAAUAUUUUGUGGAAGAAUGUAGAAUGAUCAUGAUCAAUGAGACGUUAUUUUUUAUGACUUGGUAGUAGAAAAGUAGAUAUCUAAACAUUAAUGAUCGUAUGUUUUUUUUUCGUUUCUACUCUCAAGCCACAAUAUUUUCUCUUCUAGUUGCAAAAUGUUGUAUACAUCCAUUGUUUGGUUAAUCAAAAAUUAUGCAUUAUGUAUUGGGUGAUGCUAAACGUCAUGCGUUAUUUUUAUUUCAUUUUCACGUAACACGGUAAUAUUCCUUUCGACUCUACCAAGGAGAUGAGAUUUAUUGAAGAAAAAUAGAGUUUAGGGCAAUUCUACG